AACUCAACCAUUUGAACUGCUGCGGGGAGCCUUUCUUCUUCACUAAUUUUUUGGUUAUGUGUCGUCGACGUCAACCGGUGCGCGAGAUUGAAGGUGCCUCGCAUCAAGCUGAAGUGGGGGAUGAUGUGUACGACAUAAGCGAAGCUGCGAGUGAGCGGGAUCGUGACGUUCAGCUCUGGGGUUCUGAUUGUCAUCUUUCAGACAAUCAGAUUCGAAAGUAUAUGGUUGAAGCUGAGAAGAAUAAUAUGCCUCCAGAGAAGGCACACGAGAUACUUGCCUACUGCAAGUUUGAUACCAGCAAAGCUCUGAAAAUCUGUCAAAACUUCGUCGUGCCUGAUCUUUUCUCGGACUAUGAAAAGCGUGUUGUUCAAUGUGCAGUGCGUGGCGAAAAAUUCGAUAUGCUUUCGGUACCAGAUCCUAGUCAACGCUCUCGGUUGCUAAAGGACUUGCUUCCACAGCAGUCUAGAAGAGCUAUCAUGGAUUAUUAUUACAAGAACAAGCAUAACAAUUUUGAAUUUGAAUGUCGAAUGGACGAUUUGAGCCCCACAGAUGAAAGCGACGAAUCUGGGAAGGGCGACGCUCCCAAAAAAACUAAUCGCAUUUGCCAGUCUUUUCUGAAUUGUGUUGGAGAAACCACUCCAUUCGAAUUGCAGGAGUACCCAUCUUCUCCAAAGAUGGAAUAA